AUGUCAUCGUCCUUCUCAGACACACUCCAGUUCCGUUUCUCCAGCCCCGUCCACGAUGACUCCAUCCUGCAAAAGAUGAGCCUGCUGAGAGAGGACCGACGCUUCUGUGACGUCACCCUCGUCCUCGGAUCAGGGUCGUUCCGCUUCCCGGGUCACCGGGUGGUUCUGGCGGCCUCCUCUGCCUUCCUCCGGGACCAGUUCCUGCUGCACGAGGGGAGCCGGGAGCUGCUGGUGACCGUGGUGCCCAGUGCGGAGGUGGGCCGUCGGCUGCUCCUGUCCUGUUACACAGGCCACCUGGAGGUCCCUCUGCGGGAGCUGGUCAGCUAUCUGACGGCAGCGAGCGCACUGCAGAUGAGCCACGUGGUGGAGAGGUGUGCCCAGGCCGUCUCUCAGUACCUGGACCCCACCCUGGCCCACCUGAAGCUGGAGAGGAGCCCAGAGACUGAGGGGACCCCUCCACCACCACCAGACAGCGUUAAACACCAACCCAGCUCAGCAUGUCUGGACGAGGGGGAGAUGGAGGGGGAGACCCAGGAGGACCCAGAGGACAGGGACCACAGCCUGACCUCAGAAGACAUUCUGGACAGUGUCAACAUGGUACACACUAACAGCACGUACCCUUACAGCCCGUACCCUUACCCGACGGGCGCCCACAGACGCAAGCAGCGCCCACCCACGCCAUGCAGAGAGUAUAGGAAGAGGACCUUCCCCCCAGCAGGAAGUCCUGACCACAGCAGUUCAGGAUUGGCUGACAGCUCCCAGGACCAGGAAGUGGGUGGGGACUCUGGAGAGGACAUAUACAUGCUUGCUGCUCGUCAUAUGCAGGGGGUUGGGGGCGGGUCUCCCGAGUCCUCCUUCAGAGUUCUGACGGGGGCAGAGUUUUCAGGACGGGGGCAGGAGAUGCUCCUCCAGAGACCCUACCUGUGCAGGAAGUGUGACCGAGGGUUCCACCACCUGGACAGCUACGUGGGACACCUAAAGGAACACAGGCUCUACCCGUGUCUUCUCUGUGGGAAGAGCUUCAGCCAGAAAAGCAACCUCACCCGACACAUCAGGGUUCACACAGGGGUCAAGCCUUUCCAGUGCCCGCUUUGCCACAAGACCUUUUCCCAGAAGGCCACGCUGCAAGACCACCUUAACCUCCACACAGGGGACAAACCACACAAGUGCAACUACUGCGCCAUCCACUUCGCACACAAACCAGGCCUCCGGCGCCACCUCAAGGACAUCCAUGGCAAGAGCAGCCUUCAGAACAUGUUUGAGGAGGUGGUGUGAGCUUGGCAGCUGCUGGACUUCUGCAGCAAGAGACUUCUGAGUUAAGCAUACCAGUGCCUAAAUUAAAACUACAGAGAAUUAGAACUACAAAGAAUUAAAACUGCAAAGAAUUUGAACUACAAAGAAGUAAAACUGCAAAGAAUUUGAACUACAAAGAAGUAAAACUACAGAGAAUUAGAACUACAAAGAAUUAAAACUACAAAGAAUUAAAACUACAGAGAAUUAGAACUACAAAGAAUUAAAACUGCAAAGAAUUUGAACUACAAAGAAUUAAAACUGCAAAGAAUUUGAACUACAAAGAAGUAAAACUACAGAGAAUUAGAACUACAAAGAAUUAAAACUGCAAAGAAUUUGAACUACAAAGAAUUAAAACUACAGAGAAUUAGAACUACAAAUAAUUACAACUACAUAUAAUUAGAACUACAAAUAGUUAAAACUACAAAGAAUUUGAACUACAAAGAAUUUGAACUACAAAGAAUUAGAACUACAAACAAUUUAAACUACAAAUAAUUAGAACUACAAAGACAAGGAGGAAACUAGUGUAAAUGUAUUGCACUCAAUGUGUAUAUAUGCCAGUAUAUAUUCAACUUGUCUGCCUCUUUAAUGAUGUAGCUAGAGUUUUAGCACAGACCAAUGUCUAAAUGAAACUAUGUAGAAGAGCAGGCCAGGAGGGAGAAGUAGUCUAAACUAGAGUGGAUUGAAAGGAUAUUGACGUCAAAAGUUCUCGAAAUGACCAACUGGAGAUGAUCUUUCACUAGUUUGCCUCUUUCCUAAUGUGAUGUUUUUGCACUUUAUUUUCUCCCCCCAUCCAGAGACUCUAAUGUGGUGUUUUUGCACUUUAUUUUCUCCCCCCAUCCAGAGACUCUAAUGAGUGUUUUGAUGGACGAGCACAGGAACAUACAGAAUCAGUCACCAAACUGUAGCUACAUCACUGCUAUUUAUAUUUCUGUGCAUUAGUGUGUGUACCCACAAGUGUGUGUGUGUGU